AUGAGCGCGUCUGCGACUCGUGCGUUUGACGAGCCAAACGGGCGCCACAGACGCGUCACACCGCACCGGGCGUACGACUGUCUUUACGACCCCGUGUACACGGUGUGCGGAGGAGACGCGGAGCGCAGCGGGUCCAGCUUCCAGGCGGUGGGCAGACUGAGGAAAGUGCCAAAGUUUGGCUCUAUGUUCAGCGACCUGCCGCACCACCCUCGCUAUGCUCUUCGCCCGGACGCCACAGACCCGGUGCCCGCCUUUAUUGAGCGACGUUGGCGGGGCCACGUGGAACAACGCAGAGAGGCGCUACAGCAGCUGGCUGGGGUCAUUCCAGGGGACCAGUCAUGCCUCAGAGUCGGAGAGUGCCGUGUGACUGGAGCUGAUCGCUGGAAGUUCUUUAAACGCCCUCUGGUUCCUUUUGCCCAGCAAGUUCCCCCAGAUGUGGUCUUUGAUUCUGCACAAGCAAACCAAUUAGCUGCCGACGGAAAAGGUGCUGAGCAACAGCCCGUCCCGUUGCAGCGUACUGUCGGGGUGCAGACGGAUUACAGAGACAGCGAGGUGCAGACAGAUCCCUACAGCCCUGACUAUGUGGUUCGACCCGGGACGGCCCCCUCAGAGCUCCUGACCUUGGCGACUUUGACAUGGGGUCGAGGUCUUCCAGCAGGCCUGGCAGAGGUGGAGAUGAUAGAACGAGCACGCGCCAAGAGGGCCUGGGAGGCCACCCUGCCUCCCUUGGAUGACCUGAGCCAGCUGGACAGGAGGAGGCAGAUGAUGGAGGAGAUUGAGACUAAGGAGUGGGCCUUCAGGGAAGAGGAAAUCCAGAAGCUGCAGGAGGCUCGCCUUGCUGUUCUGAGGGACCUGCUGAGACAGAGAGAGGAAGCCCAGAAGAAGGCCACAGUAGAAAGACUGGACCAGACGUACUCCCGGUACCAGAAAGACAAGGACACCAAGCUGCACAAGAUCCGCAAAGACCAUAUCCUCUCACUGAGAAAGCUGACAGCUAAGAGGAGGAAUUUGGAGGGGAAGCUUGAGCGCCGCGACAUCGUCAAAGAUUACACAGACUACUCGUCUCAGACAUAUGCCCCUCUGGCCCGAAGCGGGGUUAUUCCUAGACAGAACAGCCAGUCUGCAGUCAAGAGCCGCUACCUCGACACAUAUGAAGGUUUGCUGAAGCUGGAGGCGGAACUUCCUGCCUCAGUUGUUGAUCUACAAGUGAAAGCGCCCAAAGCCAAAGCCGGCAGGGGCUUCGCCGGGCGCUCCGAGCGCAGAGAGAUGGAGCUCGCAAAGAUGUGCCUGGCCAUUAGGGAGGAGAAGGAGAAAGUGGCGGUGAAGAAGCCCUUGCGUUUCCUCGUCAAGAAAGAGGAGCCGGCUCCUCGUCCCCUUACCCCCAGGGUGGACGAGCCCCCAGAGGGGGAGGAAGAAAGAGAGCUGGCAGUCACCUUCUUGCAGAAACUGCUGAGGGGUAGAAGCGUUCAGUACCAGAUGUUUGAGGGCAAAGAGAAGCAUCUGGACCUGAUCGGGGAGCUGAGGACAACCCACGCGUUGCUGAAGGAGGAGCAGGAUCUCCUGAACGCCGACGCUCGGAUCACAGAGACGCUGAAAAACCAGCGAGAUCUGCACAGACACAAGACCUCCGAGGAAGAGGCCUGCCAAGCUGGUAUGGUCGGAGCAGCGCUCGUGGAUUUGUUAGACACCCUGUCCAAGGAGCUGAUUCGCCUGCAGGAGGAGCGCAGAAUCCACGCCAUGGCCCUGCUGGCUGAGAGACAGCGUCGUAUACGUGAGGCUGAAGAGAGUGGAAGGAGACAAGCGGAGGAGCGCCGACGCAGGGAGGAGGAUGAGAUCUUCAGACAGGUGGUGCAGGUGCAUCAGGACACUGUGGAUUUGUACCUGGAGGACAUCAUCUUGGACACCAUCGACAAAACAGCCGACCAGCAGGCAAGAGAGGAGAUCCGCAAGAUGGCAACGGAGGUCGACAACAUUGCAUAUGCAAUGGAGGAAAGCCGCACGGAUCUUCAGUCAGAGGAGAUUGUGUCUGAGUUGGUGUACAGCUUCCUCAUCCCAGAGGUCCAGAAGAUUAAUGUCAGGCACAGAGUGCAACAGAGCCAGCGUCGACACCUGCAGGCUGCCCAGAGAAUCAUCGAGGAGGCAGCGAUUAGUUCUGGGGUCUCUCCAAGUCUUCUGGAGACCCCACAGCCAGCCUCUUCCUUGGACGGGGCUGCAGGGCCAAACUCUGAUGGUGAUGAUCAGCCAAGGGGAGCAGGGGCAGAGUCGAGAGGAGCAGAGCAAAGAGACGGUUAAAGCAACAUGCCCCAAACUUGAAAUGGAUGUUUUAUUUCAAAGCGUUGUUCCUUGAAGC